GCUUUCUCCCGCACCGUAGAUAACCCGGAAGUGCAAUCCAUUAAGUCACAUGUGAGCAAAAGAAGCUAACUCUCACAUCGCUGUAAGUCUUGUUUAAAUGAUCUGAUUGGCGGCGUUUCUCUCUGUUGUCGUCGGGAGGUGAACACUAUCUAUCAUAAGUAGAAGGCGAGACAUAAUUUGCCACCAUGUUCCUCACCCUCAUGCUGCUGCGGAAAGGCAUCCCCGGGAAGCAGUGGAUCGGAAAGUACCGGCGCCCGCGACAGAUUACGUGGCAGAUGAAACGCAACACGCUGAAGCACCUGGAGCGCGAGGCCGAGAACGAAUACUGGAUCAGCCGGCCGUACAUGACUCAGGAGCAGGAGCACGGGCACGCCGCCGAGCGCAGGGCCCAGAACUGGGUCAAGAUCAAGGAGGCCAAAUUCGCCAACUUUCCUGAACACAAGCACAUCACAGAUCACCUGAGUCAUCUCAAUAUCACCAAGACAUGGUCAAGUUAAUGUGAGCAGAGGAGUUGCAUGCAAGGACUGUUUUCAUAGUGUUUUUUUGUGCGAGAAAGCUCGGUUUUGUUGUGUGUGUUAAUGGGAAGCAACACUUUGUAUGUCAGCUGAAAGGCUGCGAUGAAACGUUGUUAACCAAAUCUAUAAUUGAUUGUUUUAACUCCAUCUGCCUCCAUAAAACAAAUAUGUAAACUGUUUGUUUGUUUGUUGUACUGUAUCACAGACUGAAUCCACACCACUAAAACCUGUUUAUCAUUCUACAGCUGAUCUGUGGCUCCUUAUUUUAGCUCUCAUUAGGAAAACACAUUUUCAAGUUGAGAAAACCACCGGUUAUAAAACCUCUAUAAUUAAAUUGAACUGCUGAAGUGUGCUCCAUGAGGGAAAUGUUGGAGGAAUUAUAUAAAUAGUCUGGGGAUGUUGGGGCAACAUUAUGUAAUAUUAUGACAGGUUAAUGUCUCUGUAAUAUGCAUUUAGCUGUUUUACAUUUAAUAUAUUAAAGGGUUGUGAAACCCAAUAGCCGAAACUAGAGCGUUUAAUCCCUUUUGAAGUUAGGAAAUCCUGGAAGGUUUGUGUAAAUGCUCUCACUUAAUUAAUGGAUUCUCAUGAAAUGUGACGUUUUUUUACAUAGUGAGGAGCACUGGGAUUCUCUUAAAUAUAAGUAAGCUGCUUCUGUUUGGGAGAUAAA